AUGGGUCUGCUGACGCCACUCCUGCUCUUCGGAUUUGCGUUUUUUCAAGUCUAUGGAUCCCGACUCCGCCAAGAGGACUUUCCACCACGGAUUGUUGAGCAUCCUUCAGAUGUGAUAGUGUCUAAAGGAGAGCCAACUACUCUGAACUGCAAAGCAGAGGGAAGGCCGACCCCCACCAUCGAGUGGUACAAGGAUGGCGAGCGGGUGGAAACGGACAAGGACGACCCGCGCUCCCACCGGAUGCUGCUGCCCAGCGGAUCUUUAUUUUUCUUACGCAUUGUGCACGGGCGCAGGAGUAAACCCGACGAGGGAAGCUACGUUUGCGUAGCAAGGAACUACCUUGGAGAAGCUGUGAGUCGCAAUGCAUCUCUGGAAGUGGCAUUGCUACGGGAUGACUUCCGCCAAAACCCUACGGAUGUGGUGGUGGCAGCUGGAGAGCCUGCAAUACUGGAGUGCCAGCCGCCUCGAGGGCACCCCGAGCCCACCAUCUACUGGAAGAAAGAUAAAGUCCGCAUUGACGACAGAGAGGAGCGGAUCAGUAUCCGUGGUGGGAAGCUGAUGAUCUCCAACACCAGAAAAAGUGAUGCAGGAAUGUACACGUGUGUGGGGACCAACAUGGUGGGGGAACGCGACAGUGACCCUGCAGAGCUGACUGUCUUUGAGCGGCCCACGUUUCUCAGGCGACCGAUUAACCAAGUGGUGCUGGAGGAGGAGGCCGUGGAUUUCCGGUGCCAGGUGCAGGGGGAUCCCACACCCACAGUCCGGUGGAAGAAAGAUGAUGCAGACUUACCAAGAGGAAGGUAUGACAUCAAAGACGACUACACCCUGCGCAUUAAGAAAGCCAUGAGCACGGAUGAAGGAACCUACACCUGCAUCGCCGAGAAUCGAGUUGGGAAAGUGGAAGCCUCUGCUACGCUCACCGUGCGAGCUCCCCCACAGUUUGUGGUGAGACCACGAGACCAGAUUGUAGCCCAGGGUCGAACUGUGACUUUUCCUUGUGAAACUAAAGGAAAUCCCCAGCCAGCUGUUUUCUGGCAAAAAGAAGGAAGUCAGAACCUACUCUUCCCAAACCAGCCUCUGCAGCCCAACAGCAGAUAUUCUGUGUCACCAACUGGGGACCUCACCAUUACCAACAUCCAGAGGUCUGAUGCAGGCUACUACAUUUGUCAAGCACUGACGGUUGCUGGAAGCAUUUUAGCAAAGGCUCAGCUGGAGGUUACUGAUGUCUUGACAGAUCGGCCUCCGCCCAUCAUCCUCCAGGGCCCCAUCAACCAGACCCUGGCAGUGGAUGGCACAGCUCUGCUCAAGUGCAAGGCCACCGGCGACCCCCUCCCUGUCAUCAGCUGGCUCAAGGAAGGGUUCACCUUCCUGGGCCGUGACCCUCGGACAUCCAUACAGGACCAGGGGACGCUCCAGAUCAAAGCUCUGCGGCUCGCUGAUACUGGGACUUACACUUGCGUUGCUACAAGUUCCAGUGGGGAGACGUCCUGGAGUGCUGUGCUGGAGGUGACAGAAUCCGGUGGAGCAACAGUCAGUAAAAAUUAUGAUAUAAAUGACCUCCCUGGGCCACCAUCCAAACCUCAGGUCACUGAUGUUACUAAGAACAGUGUCACCCUGUCCUGGCAGCCAGGGACCCCUGGAAGCCUACCAGCUAGUGCAUAUAUCAUUGAGGCUUUUAGUCAGUCUGUGAGCAACAGCUGGCAAACGGUGGCCAACCACGUGAAGAGCACCCUGUACACUGUGAGAGGCCUGCGCCCCAACACCAUCUACCUGUUCAUGGUCAGAGCCAUCAACCCGCAGGGCCUGAGCGACCCCAGCCCCAUGUCAGAUCCUGUCCGAACCCAAGAUAUCAGCCCCCCAGCACAAGGUGUGGAUCACAGGCAAGUCCAGAAAGAGCUGGGAGAUGUCAUUGUACGACUGCACAAUCCUGUAGUGCUGACACCCACGACAGUGCAAGUCACCUGGACGGUGGACCGCCAGUCCCAGUUUAUCCAGGGCUACCGCGUCCUGUAUCGCCAGACCUCGGGCCUGCCUGCCCCAGCCGUGUGGCAGAACCUGGAGGUCAAAGUCCCCACCGAGCGCAGCGCCGUCCUCGUCGGCCUGAAAAAGGGGGUCACUUACGAAAUUAAGGUUCGCCCUUACUUCAAUGAGUUCCAAGGGAUGGACAGCGAAUCCAAGUCUGCUCGUACCACAGAGGAAGCUCCAAGUGCUCCUCCUCAGUCUGUCACUGUCCUGACAGUUGGAAAUCACAACAGCACAAGCAUCAGCAUCUCCUGGGAUCCUCCCCCUCCAGAUCACCAAAAUGGAGUCAUCCAGGAGUACAAGAUCUGGUGCCUAGGUAAUGAGACUCGAUUUCAUAUCAACAAAACAGUAGAUGCAGCCAUUCGGUCUGUAGUAAUAGGUGGCCUAUAUCCAGGUAUCCAGUACCGCGUGGAAGUUGCUGCAAGCACAAGUGCAGGUGUGGGAGUAAAAAGUGACCCACAACCCAUAAUAAUUGGAGGUCGUAACGAGGUUGUCAUCACUGAAAAUAACAACAGCAUAACUGAACAAAUCACUGAUGUGGUGAAGCAGCCUGCCUUUAUAGCUGGCAUUGGUGGUGCAUGUUGGGUCAUUCUCAUGGGUUUCAGCAUCUGGCUGUACUGGCGAAGAAAGAAGAGGAAGGGGCUCAGCAAUUAUGCUGUCACCUUCCAAAGAGGAGAUGGAGGACUAAUGAGCAAUGGAAGUCGACCAGGUCUGUUGAAUGCCAGUGACCCCAGUUAUCCUUGGCUUGCAGACUCUUGGCCUGCCACAAGUCUGCCAGUAAAUAACAGCACUAGUGGACCCAAUGAUCUUGGGAAUUUUGGUCGUGGAGAUGUGCUGCCACCAGUGCCAGGGCAAGGAGAUAAAACCGCUACCAUGCUUUCCGACGGAGCCAUUUACAGCAGCAUCGACUUCACCACCAAAACCAGUUACAACAGCUCCAGCCAAAUAACGCAGGCUACACCAUAUGCCACCACCCAGAUCCUGCAUUCCAACAGCAUCCACGAGCUGGCUGUCGAUUUACCAGAUCCGCAGUGGAAAAGCUCAAUUCAGCAAAAAAAUGACCUCAUGGGAUUUGGUUACUCUCUUCCAGACCAAGGCAAAGGCAACAAUGGUGGCAAAGGAGGGAAAAAGAAGAAAAACAAAAAUACUGCCAAGCCCCAGAAAAAUAAUGGUUCAACCUGGGCAAGUGUUCCCCUCCCACCCCCUCCUGUGCAGCCACUUCCAGGCACAGAGCUGGAGCACUAUGGGGUGGAUCAGCAAGAAGCAGGAUAUGACAGUGAUGGUUGGUGUCCACCUUUGCCAGUUCAGACCUACCUACAUCAGGGCAUGGAAGAUGAGCUUGAAGAAGAUGACGAUCGUGUCCCCACACCUCCUGUCCGAGGAGUAGCUUCAUCUCCUGCCAUCUCCUUUGGGCAACAGUCAACUGCAACUCUCACGCCUUCUCCACGAGAGGAGAUGCAGCCAAUGCUUCAAGCUCACCUUGAUGAGUUAACAAGGGCUUACCAGUUUGAUAUAGCAAAGCAGACAUGGCACAUCCAAAGCAAUACACAACCUCCUCAGGCUCCAGUUCCUCCCCUAGGAUACGUAUCUGGAAACCUUAUUUCAGAUUUGGAAACAGAUGUUCCAGAUGACGAUGAUGAUGAGGAUGAUAUUGAAGAAGAAACUGUAGAAAUCAGUAGGCCACUAAGAGGUCUAGAGCAUACUCCAGGCUCCAGUAUGGACAAUCUAGACAGCUCUGUGACAGGCAAAGCAUAUUCUUCUUCUCAGAGACCUCGGCCAGGCAGUCCUUUUUCUACUGACAGCAACACCAGUGCAGCUGUCAAUCAGGGUCAGAGGCCGAGGCCCGCGAAAAAACACAAGGGCGGACGUUUGGAGCAGCCCCCUUUGCCUCAUCGCCGGGAGGGAAUCACGGACGAUCUUCCACCACCACCCGACCCGCCCCCCGGUCAGGGUUUAAGACAGCCCAUAGUGCCCGGCCAGCGCGGAGGCUCUGCCGAGAGGAAGGGGAGCUCUCUGGAGAGGCAGCACGCAGCAGCCAACGUAGAUGACUCAAAGAGCUCCCUGGACCGGCCCGCUAGGACAUCACUAGAGUGGCAGCGGCAAGCCCAGGAGUGGAUAAGCUCUACAGACCGCCAAGAGGAUUUCAGGAAAGCCCAACACAAACAAGCCUUCGGAUCAGAAGAGGCACUCGUACCAUAUAGUAAACCCAACUUCCCAUCCCCUGGUGGCCACAGCUCUUCAGGAACAUCUUCUUCUAAAGGAUCAACUGGACCUAGAAAAGAGUAGUGGAGAAGACACAUUGCAAGCUGCUCUGAUGGACCAUCAGGUCUGAACUCAUGGAAGUGAUGACACUAAACAGUGCAAUGAACAUUUUCUUUAUUUAUGUACUAUUAAAAGAACUGUAAAUGCAAUGUAAAGACACACAGCCACACAUAUCCCACAGAUACUUUACUUGUGUUCUUCUCUUUAAUACACCAUCCACCUUAAACUAUUCCUUGUCAGGAGUAUAUAAAAAAAAAGAAAGAAAAAAAAAUCACCCUCCAGGAUUAAAAGGAUUUCCUUCUGUAUAUAAUUUCUUUUGUUGCAUUGCUAUGCAAGCUCACCUUCUUUUUAGCUAUGUUCAUAUUCAUGUCUGUUUUUACUGGUCUGUUGUACUAUAUGUGAAUUAAUAGGCUGUGGUGCCAUAUAUUAACUUUUAAUUGUGUAACUUUUAUGUUUAAAGUUUGCACUGCAAUUUUAUUUGGUGAUAAGCACAAAACUCUACUCCUCAUGACAUGAAGAAAAAAGAGACUGAAUGUGUGAAAAAGGUUUACAUCCUGUAUGCUACUUUGGACAAUGCUGGAUGUAAAAGUAGUAUGUUAGGUGGUUUUCCAUUGGGGUGUAGAAAUGAGAAAGUGACAGGCAAAACUGAUGUCAGUGAAGACAUUAGAGACAGAUUUAAACCUUUUAAAAGCAAGCAACAUAGUUGCUCUUCCUAUUUAAGAAGGGGUCAGAAGUUGGAAGUGUGAGAUUAAAGAGUGAAAAUGAAAACUAAAGGUAGCAUGAGAUGGCCUAGACCCUUUCACUAGAGUGAUACCCUUAGUAUCUACUUUUAGCCAUCCCAUGCCACUAAGUAAAGGGGAAGAAAAACAAACCUUGCUACAAACAAAAAAUCUUAAGGUGUUUCACUAAAGCUGUUUUUAUUUCGCAGUUUUAAAAGAAUUAUUACCAUUAAUUUCUCCAGCCCAAAAUAUAGGACGGAGAUUUUUCAGGAGAAACAAACCAUAUAAACACAAGGAAUACCUAGUAAGAAGAUAAGAAUGCAAUUUAUUACUAAGACAUAUUCAGGCUGCUUCCAAAAAAUUGAAAUGUCAGAGUAUCAUAUUUCAUCUUUCCAAUACAUGUACAGUACGAUAGAGGAUAAAGCUGCACCACUGAAAUUCAUGACAUUAAUUGUUUUGAUGCAGUCUACACAACCCUUUCUGUUCCAUACCUGAAGUCUGCAAGAGCUGAAGUUCCAUCCACUAAAUUUGUAGUAAAAUGUUUCGUUUUUCGAAGGAAAGCAAUGAUCAAAUUAUUUUUGGCUUGCAUUAAGUAUAUUUCUGGCAAUACAAUACAUCCAAAAAGUUGGGUAUAAGCAAAGGGAAUCUUUGACCUGUGUUUUAGUGAGUGGCUUCAAACUCUACUAUGAUGAGGAAAUAACGCAUGUUUAUACACUUUUUGAAUAAACCAGACUCUGUAAGUGGACAUUAAUGACAGCAUCCUGUCUCUUCAUUAAUUUUCAUGACUUGGUCCAAGUCUUCUUUACCUCUCAAAUAUCAAAGCUUUUCUCAAGCUUUUCUUAGAAUAUUGUGUGUGGCUAACCCACCCAUUAUUUUGAUGCUUAAUUUAAAUAUUGCAUCUUACAGCUUAUUUCUGUUAGUUAUCUGACCAUGAACACAAGUUUCCAUUGAAUACCCUUUUCAUAUAACCAGUCUAUGUUGUUUUAUAUUUUGCCUUGGAGCUCACCAGUAUUAAGAACACUUUUUGUCAUGGCAGAAUUUUAGAAAAGUAAACUACGAUGCUAAAUAUGUGUUGCUUUUCAUUUCAUUAACUUGUUCCAUGAUAAGAUAAAACACGCCAGCCAUCAACUAUAACUCAGCACUAUUGAAUAUUGAAAAAUGCUAGUUAGCUCCCUUAAGGUCAACACGUGUUAUCUAGAAAGUUACAAACAAAAAAAAAAAAGUUGAGGAAAAAAGGUAUGAAUUUAUUUACAUAUGUGACCAAUGAGUAUAUGCCAUUUUCCUGCUUGUUAAAACACUAUAGUUAAAAACAUAACUUAAAAAUAUGCAAAAACAUUCAAGUAAGAUAAAGAAUGCAGCAUAAUUACAUAUGCAUGGUUUUUAUUUUGGUAUAUACCAUAUGAAGAGAAGACUAUUCAUACUACAAUUCAAAUUUAAUUCUCUGGAAAAUGUUUAAGUCAGUCACCAAUAAUAGUUUUUUCCCCAUUUAAUUCAAAAGCUUGUGCUGAGCUUUGGUGGAACACCUUACUCACUCUGUUCUCUUCAAAAUUCAGUAUCAUUAGAGGUUGAUAAAGCCAUUCCAAUUACUUUCAAAUAUGUGUUUUAUCUCUUCCACUGGAAAGUGAAUGUGUGUCAGUAUUAAAGCUGUUCAGUACCAUGAUAUUCACUAACUUGUCCAUCUGCUUCUGUACAUUUUUGUUCAUUAAUAAUUUGCUUACAAUAUUACAUAAGGUGUUGUUGUGUAUGGCAAAGUGUCUCCAUUAUCUUACAGGUGAUGUCUCUUCUUUUUUUUUUUUUUCUCUCUCUUUUCUAUACAGUGUACUUCCAAUGAACCACAGUACAUAUUUUUAAAAUGCCAUUUAAUUUACUAUUUUAAAAGAAGUAUUCUUCUUUUUUUAAAAAAAAAUGAAAACAUUUAUUGUGAAUAAUGUGUUUAAAGAAAAGGGAUGUUGUGGCAGCACUUAGAAUUGUUUUUUAAUUUGUUUUUUUAAAAAAACUGUUUAUUGGCUACAGUUUGUUCACGAAAAAGUAUGACCUCUUAAUGUGUUUCAUUGGUAUUGUUAGUGCAGCAAAGUUUAAUUGGCAUAAGAAGUUGGUUAAUAGUACUGUUGAAGUGUGUAUUGUAUAUUUACUGGGGAAAAAAUAAAACAUAUUCACAUUUCAAAUCUA